UUUCUUUUGGUGUGUUUAACAAAGUAAGUACCUUUACUUAAUACUUUUAUAGAAAAUCAAAAAGAAAAAUAGGCAAUUUUGAAAAAGAAAAGAAAAAGUAGUCAAUAUAGUUUGAGUUCGAAAAAGAAAUUUCCGCCAUCCUUCAUUUAUGUUACGAAAAUGAUAUAAACCGUUUUUUGUUUCGACAAUACGACAACGAUCCCCUCCGUCAUAACCACCGCUCGCCAGAGAGAUCGCCACCUAUCCUAUUAUUUCCACUCGCCAAUGUACCCCACGGCUCUUCCCAUCUUGCUUCACUCUUGUUUUCUUUCCAUCUCUUAUGAACACGGUUCCACCUGAAGAACAUUCAACUGCCCAAAGGAGGCUGGAUUCUUACACUCACACUCUUUGUUUCACUUUAACAUCCACCUCUUUUUUUUUUCUUUUUCUUUUUUUUUGUCUUGAGUGUGUAUGCGUGUUAGUUUGACAAAAUGCUUGCUGCAAUUCUUCUAUUGACGCUGAUCUCUUCGAUAAUGUGGGGGGUUAUCUGCUGAAGUUCUGAAUUUGCCAUCCAACUGUUUGACGAAAUUCCCCUUUGAGUGCUGCAUGGGUUUUGCGUAUAAACAUAGACUCAGACAGGCCUAUUUUAAACGUAGUUAAGGCAAAUACCUCUCUUUUUCUUUUUCUUUUUCCGGCCUGCUCCUUGGCUUUGAACUUUGAAGUGAGAGUUCGGGCGGGAAGACGGAGACACCAUGAAGAAUAAGGAAAACACGGAGCUUAUUGCUUUCCUCAAAGAACUUCCUCCGGUAGAGUUCUGCUGCAUAUAUGGUUCGACUCUGCAUCCAAAUAAUCACGAUAAGUCAAAAAUGGUUGACCUUAUUCUUGGCGUAUCUGAUCCUCAAAAAUGGCACGAAAAGAAUAUUCGAUUAAACAAAGACCACUAUGCCUCAUGGAUGGUGUACCUUGGAGGGGGGAAACUGGUUACUAAAGUUGCAGAUGCAAUUGGUGUUGGAGUACAUUUUAAUCCUUACGUUAUGUGGAACGAUAAGAUGCUUAAAUAUGGGGUUGCAAGGAUGCAUGAUUUGAUACAGGACAUACAAUAUUGGAAGACAUUCUACCUCAGUGGCCGUUUGCAAAAGCCGGUUAAUAUACUAGUGGAUUCCCUGGAUGUUCAACAGCUUAACUCUGUUAAUCUGAGGUCUGCAGUAUCUGCAGCCCUCCUCCUUCUGCCACCCAAGUUUACUGAGGUUGACUUGUAUGCUAAAAUAUGUAGCCUUUCAUAUAUGGGUGAUUUGCGUAUGCUUUUUGCAGAGGACAGAGAUAAGGUUAACAAAAUAGUUCGAGGGCAGUUCCCGUUGUUCCAGUCAAUGUACCGACCUUGUCUUGAACAGUACAAAACAAAAGAGUUGUUGCAAUUCUCACCACGUGGAGAUGAUCAAGCAAAUAUUUCCCAGGAUUGUGGGUUAUCAGCAACCGAGUACUUAGUUUCAUCAUUACCAACGACGGUGUGGAACACAUUGGGGUUAAGGCUUGGGGAGAAGAGAAGUUUGAGUGGACCUGGUAGAGUCACAGGCAGAAACCAAGUGUUGAUCCAGUCGAGAAAAGAGGUAGCGGAUUGCAUGCAGAGGGUUCUGAGGCGAAAGGUGAUGGUUUCAAGUGCAAGACAGGCGGUAUCUGGUGUAUUGGCUGUAGGCGGUGUUAAAGCUGCCAAGUAUCUUGGAAGUAAAAUGUGCAAGGCCUGGAGAUCCUGGAGAUGAAAGUGUAACUUCUCAUAGCAUGGGACCAUUUUGGUAUUGUUUUUGUUUCUAGUUUCGGGUUUCUUUUCAAUUUUCAGUUUUCCCUGGUUUAAAAAUGAUUUUUUUCAAUUUAUUUCUGAUUUGAAAUCUAAGCACAUUAGUACAUAGUACUAAUGUAAUCACCUCCGUCUCGAUCUGAUGUCGAAGAGUCGCAUUCCAUCAACAUCAAAUAUAUUGAGUUAUUUAAGAUUUCACUUGAAAA